GGGAUACGGCGCGAAAACCGGUGAGCGAAAAAAGAGGGGAGGAGUGCGGCGAGAGAAAGCCGCGCCUCUCCCCUCUCCCCUGUUUUUUCGCUCGCCGUUUUUCGUGCUGCGUCCCAAGUAACUGAACGCCUAAAGGAGACUACGAACAAUAAUGCAGUUACGUGUACACCGCGUCUUAAGGUUUCCACGGGUUUUACCAAAAUGUAGUCAAAGAUAACUGCAGACGUUGAGUGACGCAAAUCACGAAAAAUAAAAACAAGGAAAUGUUCCCUUUGCCUGCUAAUGAGGAUGAGUCUAUCCUUAGCCUAUCCUGAGGUGAAAGAAUAGCCUGUGAACAGGCUCCUGGAAGGUUCUGACCGCGGCUGGAAGGGGCGAGAAGGAACUGGCUGAGAGUGAAGUGGCCGAGGGAGGAAUGGAGUGGAAAAAAAAGCUGGGGAAAAGCUCCUAGUUGACCUCAUUUUCAUGUUCGAUCCUUUUACCCGGGUGCGGGAGGGGAAACUUUCAGUGCAUCCACAUGUGGAGAUUGUGACACGAUGUUGACAGGUUAAUGAAAGGUUAAUUACGAGGGAGCUGAACGGCAGCUUCAAUCCUUUGUCUACAGGCUCUGUCCACCUCUCUCUUCCCCUCCUUUCUCUUCUAUCUUCUCUCUUUCCGCUUUCUCUUCGCCCCAUCCUCGACUAGAAAGCCUGUUCACAGGCUAAUUAAAGAAAUAUUCAUUGUUUCAUCGAAACGCAUAAGGAGAAAACAGGACAUCAGUUUCUAAUUGCGCAGACUAUUUCCUGGAAAAAUGCCGCGAUUUCGAUCCUGCAGCAGGAACUCAUCGGUAUGAUCGGUUCAGUGAACUGUUAUUCCGAGUGUGCAUGAAUUUUGUUUGAUAAAUUUUCACAGUAUCAGCAGCAUAUAUGGCUGAUGGCUGCUCAGCACUUUGAUAAAGCCCAGUGGAAAGCGAAAACCGGAAGUGGAAACGUUAAUUUCUGGCUCUUCUGGGAACCCAAAAAAUUCCGCUUUGAUAACUAGCAUGCAAGCCACAUAUAGCCACAUUCCUCUCCCCCCUCCCCCUUACUUCCUCACUAAGGGCUGCAUUGGGGUACUUAUACAACCUAAAAUUAAUAAGAAAAUAUGACAGAAAGGAAAAACAAAUAAAUAAAAAUAAAAAAGCAGCGUUUUCAGUAAAAGCCAGUAUUAACUACGGAUGUUUCCUCAACAACAUCUCUUCAGUCACCGGAGAAGGGCCCCCAGGCGCAAUAUCACGUGACAACAGGCCAAACAUUGGCGACCCAAGAGGAUCGAGGCGUUUAGAACUUGACGUUGUUCAGGUACAGACAAGCUGCAGCACAGACGUCCUUUUGGCUUUAGGAAGUUCUGACACAAAUAAGGAAGGGCAUUUUUACCAUGGGGAAUAUUGUAGAUACUGCAUAUUUUAAGCAACAAUCGCGUUAGAAGUCAUUUGUUGGGGUUGCUACUAGCGGACAUUCAGCGAAAUAUGGAAACAGCGCUUUUGACGACGAAAGUGAAGGUCAAGACCUGUUUCUUUAUUCUCUAUCUUUGCUGCCAACAUUAUUUCCUCGAAACCAACGCCAGCAUCAAGAAGUCAGAUGUCGCCAAAUACUUAAUUCGCAGGAAAGCUGGUCGUGAUGUAGGCGAUGUAUUUAGUGUUACGUUUAAACAAGGAUGCCUUCAGGAUCGCUGCAAUCCGACGGACAAGAACAAGUUUUGUGCCAACCUUUCAGCGGAUUCAACGUCUUCUCCCUACAGUUGCUCGUGCAAAUCGCCAACUCCGACGUUUCUCCCAGAAGGAGGAAAAUGUGUUACCAAUGAAGAAGCCAGCAAAAGUUUGAAUGAUACACAAACUCUGCCUCGAGACAUGCAGUCAUGGGAUGAUUUGUUUUUAAUUGGAUUUGACCUGAGCAACAAUGGCAGUGCCAAAAAUUAUGUUGGAGAUUCUUUCCAGAGCUGUAAAGUAAUUCCCGGAAGCCCUAUGUACUAUGAUAGCUUAGAAAGUGGGUGGAAGAGGAUUUCUUCAGAAAUAUUCACAGUCAGAUUUAAGCAAUACAAGGGGAUUUGGCUAGAGUGGAAGGCAGACAUGGAUAAUACACUUUCAGGCAGGAUCCUUCGCCUUAUUGUCACUUGCAAUUAUACAAGUGGUGAUCCACCCGCAGUUAAUGGUUGCUUACUUUUUAAGGCUGUGGGAGCUGUUACCUAUAACUACGUAAACCAAAGUGUUGCGCAGGAAUCUGCCUACCCAUCUAGUACAAUUUCAUCACUGGUGCCAACAGUAUCAACACUGCAUGUAUUAACAUCAGUGGCAUUAUUCUUGCCAUCUUCACGAUCUUCAAUAUUGCCAUCGCCAUCACCAUCGUUAUCAUUGUCAUCAUUGAAAACACCAACAGCAAGUUUGGCUUCAGUCAAAAUUCAAAACAGUCAGAUGUCAGUCCAAUCUAAAAUAGCAGACAGCAGCUUUGUCUCACCUUCAACUCUAGAAACAAGUAACACAGUGUCUCUCAGUUCCUCUGAAGGCUUACAAAACACUGUUGUGAGCACAACCAUUCUCAAGCCUGCUAUCAAGACCAAUGUAUUUUCUGUAAAUCCAUCAAAGGUAGGUACUAGCAUUUAGUAAUUUACGGUAUUGAAUGUGAUUAGUAAAUAAAUAU